AUGGGUCUCGAGAAGAUUGUGAACGCCUUGACAGACCCCGACGAGACUGCUUUUGACCCUGACGGUGACGCAGAAGACGACUCGGACUUUGAGCUGGUAUCUAAGAAGAGGAAGAGGGCAGGCGGCGUUCGAGAAAGGUCUACUCGAAAGCAUUCAAGAAGUGAUUCAGACUCGGGUUAG